AUGUCGACUUACCCCUCGGCCCUCCUGCGCUUGGUCGCAAGCAAACAACCGCGUUCCCCCACCAGGUACACCCUCCACAUCCCUUGCUACGUGAAGCCCAAUGCCUCCGCUCGUCGCACCGGUAUCACGGCUGUGGGCGCUAACAGUGUCGACGUAUCUGUUGCUGCUGUUCCACGCGACGGGGCAGCUAAUUUGGCGGUGUCGCAGGUUUUUGCUGAGGUUGGUGACUUCUGCCAGGCACAUCUUGCGAUCUUCAAGGUUCCCAAGUCAAAUGUCGAAGUGACCCGGGGCGCGAAGUCGAAGAAUAAAACGUUGUCUGUUGUCGACUUGGAACUCGGAGACGAAAGCGAAGAUGCAUUCUUGAAGCGAGCGACGCAAAAAUUGAUUGACGCCAUUAGAACACGUUAA